AUGACGACGACGACCACCACCACCACCAGCGCCGCCGUCGCCAACAUGUUUCAUCCCGACUCCUUCCCCGACGGCGCCUACUACCGCGACUACUUCUUCGUCGGGGGCGAGUACGUGCCCGUAGAGGACUCGUCCUCCACCGCUCAGUUCGGCGGCAGCAUCAUGAAGGGCCAGACGUACGUCGAGUGCCUCGUGCCCGUCGCAGGCGGCGUGCGGCGUCCGUUCCCGCUCAUCCUGGUGCACGGGGGCGGGCAGAGCGGGCUGAACUGGCUGCACACCCCGGACCACCGGCCCGGCUGGGCCUCGUACUUCCUGGCCCAGGGCUUCGCCGUGUUCAUCGUGGACACGCCGUCGCGGGGCCGGUCGGCGCCCGACCUCGCGCAGCACCACACGACCUACUCGACCGGCUUUGUCGAGCAGUGGUUCACCGCCCCAUCGUCGUCGUCGUCGUCGUGGCCGCAGGCCGCGUUGCAUACUCAGUGGCCGGGGACCGGCCGACGCGGCGACCCGACCUUCGACGCCUUCUACGCCUCGACGUACCCAAGCACGUCCGACCUGCCGGCGUACCAGGUCUCGCAGAAGACGGCGCUCGUCGCCCUCCUGGAGCGGAUCGCCCGCCCGUGCAUCCUGCUCACCCACUCCCAGGGCGCCCCGGGGGGCUGGCUCGCGGCGGACGCGCGCCCGGACCUCGUGCGCGCCAUCGUCGCCGUCGAGCCCAACGGGCCGCCCUUCACGGGCCACCACCCGCACAACGGCGCGCCGGCGCGGGCGUGGGGGCUCACGGACGUGCCGAUCGCGUACUGGCCGCCCGUCGCGGAUGCCAGCGAAUUCAAUCUGGAGACAGUGCCCCACUCCUCCGCCCAGCAGCAGCAGCCCGGUCGGGAUCCUACCGUGCUUCAGAAAGAAGGCGGACCGCAGGGACACGUGGUGCGCAAGCUGCGCCAUCUCCAGCACAUCCCCGUGCUGGUCGAGGUGGGCGAGGCCAGCUACCACGCGCCCUACGACCACGCCACCGUGGCGUUUCUGCGCCAGGCGGGCGUGGAGUGCGACUUCAUCCGCCUGGAAGAGCGGGGCAUCCGGGGGAACGGACACAUGCAGAUGCUCGAGCUGAACAAUCUGGAUAUCGCGAGGGUGUUGGAGGAGUGGAUCCGGACGAGGGUGGAGGAGAGAGAGGACGGAGGGGGAGGGAUGAGGGAUGUAGUGGAAAGGGGACAGGAUGAAGAUGGGACAGGACAGGAGGGACAGGAUAGGAUAGGAGGAUAG